AUGGAUAUGGAUACAGACAAGAGCGCUGCAGCUCUCCCAGCAGAACAUAGUGGGGCCGAUCAGGAUGCCGCAGCGAUUGGAGAACACGCCGACCAGUUCCCGUCCAGCAAGGCUAACGCGACCACUGCCAACGGUGACGAUCAGGCGACGACCAAUGGCCAGAAACCGAAUCCCAAGGACCCCUCGCGACCUCGGAGGAAGAAGGCGCGCCGCGCUUGCUUUGCUUGUCAGCGGGCGCAUCUGACUUGCGGCGAUGAGAGGCCUUGCCAACGCUGCAUCAAGCGAGGGCUCCAAGACGCUUGCCACGAUGGAGUUCGCAAGAAGGCGAAGUACCUACACGACGCCCCGGACGGCGCUUUGAUGCCUGGAGUCGGCGGGAACAAUUUCUACAACAAUUCCAUGUCGAACGGCGGCGUACCAACCAACGGCAUACCCAUCAACGGCGCGAACACAAUCAACACAACCACAGCCACGCAGCAGAACUCGGGCGCGAAUUUCUACCCCACGCCGCAGUCGAACUAUAACAUGUACCAAGAAAAUACCAUCAACCAACAGAGCACUUUUCCGUCCCAAUCGCCCGUUUCUCCGACCUUUAGCUUGAAGACGAACCCCACGCAUCGCAAUAGCACAGGCGGACCUCCGAAUUCCAGCAAUAAUACCGCAUUGACAUCGUCGAUGCCGCAACCGCCGACUACGGGCGUAUCAACCGGCGCAAAUCAGACUCAGAACCCGUUUGCUGGGCCGUUCUUCGACCCCAGCGACCCCGCCCUUUUCAAUUUUGAUCUGUCGAGCAUGAACUUUGAGAAUCGAUAUGGUGCGCUGGAGUUUGGCAUGCUCGGACACAUGGCUACCGGGGCCGGUGACUCUCCAGACUCAGGCACACAUCGAGGAUCGAUGGGCCGCAGUGGCUCCACCCAGUUUGCUUCUACGCCUAUCACGGGAGCUGCCACGUUCGGCGAGAGCCCUGGAAAUCAGCAGCCGUUUAUGUUUGGCGAUCCGCUUCUGAACGAAUGGCCGAGCGGCCAGACCUCGGGUCAAGCGCAUGUGAACGUUGGCGUCUAUCCGCAAAACCAGGGCAACGUGAUCCCAGGACAUCUAUCAAAGGCUGAUGCGCCGCAUGCCUUUGCGAUAGAGAGUGGGCCAGCCAGCUUCACUAGCCCAGGUGCAGCGGCGAGCCCCCAACUGAACAACCAGGGGUAUGACGAACCGAGCCCGUUUAACAGUGUUGUCUCCAAGACCAAUGGACUCUCGGUGAAUGGACAGCAGCAACGGCCACCGACUAUUUCGACGCCGAGUCUAAAGCAUCAGAGUCUGCAGAUGAACAAGCGUCAACAGCGCAAUCCGUCAGCUGUUUAUGAGAGUGUCAAGGAGCCGUACGCGUAUACUAGUCGCUUCCACAACCUGACAGCGUUCAUCCAGCGACGCUUCUCACCGCAGAAGACGCUUCAAAUUGCGAAAGCCCUCGCCUCGAUUCGACCAUCGUUUAUCGCCACGACCAAGACAUUGAACAGGGACGAUCUUAUAUUCAUGGAACGGUGCUUCCAGCGGACAUUAUGGGAGUACCAAGACUUUAUCAAUGCCUGUGGUACACCAACAAUCGUCUGUCGCCGCACAGGCGAAGUCGCCGCCGUCGGUAAAGAAUUCAGUAUUCUAACUGGCUGGAAGAAAGAGGUCCUGCUGGGCAAGGAGCCGAAUCUGAACGUCAACACGGGCGGCUCGUCAGCCGCGAACUCACGCAACUACUCACCGCGAGGCUCAGCUGAAAGCUCCACCGGUCGACCGCACCCUGUCUUCCUAGCCGAGCUCCUCGACGACGACAGCGUGGUGGAGUUUUACGAAGACUUUGCGCGACUAGCAUUUGGCGACUCACGCGGUAGCGUUAUGACGACGUGCAAGCUACUCAAGUACAAGACGAAAGAAGAUAUGGACGCUGCACAGUCAGACGACGCCAACUUGCGGUGGAACAACCACCUGCGCAAGGGGGGAAUCGCGAACGAGGCCGGAAUGAAUCAGUUAGGGUUCAAGGACGGCAAAGUAGAGUGCGCCUACUGCUGGACAGUCAAGCGCGAUGUGUUUGACAUUCCCAUGUUAAUAGUGAUGAACUUUCUACCCUGCAUUUGA